AUCGUGCGCGAAGUCAUCCGGGCUCCAGCGCCGCGGGAUUCCAAGCGCCCCACGGCUGGUCCGUCAGUCCAAUCAACUCGCCGCGUCGGCCGGCCGUUCCCUUAGGGUCUGAGCCCGCGCCUCACCCCUUCCGAGCUUCUAUUGGCCGUGGCAGACGUCCGUCUGCCGCUAUCUCCGCCCCAAUACGGAAGCGGCCUAGUCCUCCAGCUCCGACAGCUGGGUGUCCAGGCCAUGGGGCAGCCCUGGGCGGCUGGGAGCGCGGACGGGGCGCCCGCGCGGCUGCCUCUCGUGCUCACCGCGCUGUGGGCCGCGGCCGUGGGCCUGGAGCUGGCUUACGUGCUGGUGCUCGGUCCCGGGCCGCCCCCGCUGGGACCCCUGGCCCGGGCCUUGCAGCUGGCGUUGGCCGCCUUCCAGCUGCUCAACCUGCUGGGCAACGUAGGGCUCUUCCUGCGCUCGGAUCCCAGCAUCCGGGGCGUGAUGCUGGCCGGCCGCGGUCUGGGCCAGGGCUGGGCUUACUGCUACCAGUGCCAAAGCCAGGUGCCACCACGCAGCGGACACUGCUCUGCCUGCCGAGUCUGCAUCCUGCGUCGGGACCACCACUGCCGACUGCUGGGCCGCUGCGUGGGCUUCGGCAACUACCGGCCGUUCCUGUGCCUGCUGCUUCAUGCCGCCGGCGUCCUGCUCCACAUCUCCGUGCUGCUGGGACCUGCACUAUCGGCCCUGCUGCGAGCCCACACGCCCCUCCACAUGGCUGCCCUCCUCCUGCUUCCCUGGCUCAUGCUGCUCACAGGCCCUGGCACCUGCUCCAUGAGCCCGCAGGCUCGUGGCCCUCACUGCCCGUCUGUGCCUCUCCACCUUCGCCACCAACGUCCAGCUCAGAGCUCAUCCUUCCCACCAUUCUCCUGCCAGCAUCGCAAACUUCCUCCCUCAUCUUCCUUCCACAGUGCCUUCCUGGCUUCUCUGUGUCUGCCUCUGGCUGCUGAGAGCCAAAGGCACUGGCAGUCUGUGGCAGGUUGGUGCCAUGCCAUGUUCACAGCUGCUGACCUCAGCAGGACCUCGGCUAUGCCUGGCCUUGCUGUUUGCUCGUAAGCUUGCUCCCUGCAGCCACAGCAGCUCAAACCUUCCCUGCCCUCCCACCCUCCCAACUCCGGCACUGAGAAAGUGAGACAUCAGCUGGCGCAUCCCAAAUUGUGUUGUCCUCAAAUCCCCGAGCCCGGCUGACUGUUCCCAGCUGCUUGUGUUUGGUGCCUACCUCCCUGCUUGGAGGCCUCAGGCUGUGGCGUCUGCCUCUCCUGCAGGCCAGGCCCCCUCUGCCCUCCCGGUUAGCCACCUUGGACAAACCCUCCCUUGCCCUCAUAUCCUCCUCCAGCGCUUGCCCUGCUCUAAGCUUCCUGAGGGACUUGCCCAGGCUCAUGGCUGCUCAUUCCCUGCCUGCUCCAGCCUGGCUUCUGCCACCACCACUCACCCAGGGAUCCAUCUCCACAUACUCCAGGACCCACUUGAGUUCUUGCUUUAUGAGACCCUUUAGAGUCAUGACACUGCCAGCCCCCAGCCCCCGAGAAGUGUUCUCCGCCUGGCAUCACUGAUGGCUGGGAUCUUGAUGCGUUCGCCUUCCUUUCUGGUUGCCCUUUCUCAUCUUUUAUCUGAUUCCUAAGAACCGAUUUCCCCAUGCUCCUGUCUAGGCGCCGUUCCACCCUCACUCUGCACACUUUGGUAGGUCUAGCUGCGCCCACAGUCUCAGGGCUGCCUUGCACCCCCUACUCGCAGAACUGCUUGUCCGGCCUGGGCUUCUCCCUGUGCUUGCAGACCUGCAGACCGUCCACCUGCUUGUGUCACAGGUGCCUCUGGCCUGCCUCAGGACCUUCAAACAGAAUGGUUUUUGUUUUUAUUUGAAAUGGAGUUUCGCUCUUGUUGCCCAGGCUGGAGUGUAAUGGCGUGAUCUUGGCUCACC